AUGGCUUCAAAGCUAGCCAGCUCACUAAAACUAACCAAGAACGUAAUCGACGAGAAAACGGCAGGAAUUUUAGAUUCUUCAGUCGCUUUAUUUUUGGAGUUCUCAAAGUCAAAAUCUUUCUCUGAAUCAAUCAUAAAAGACAUUAUGAAGCUGAUAAUAAAGAUCGGAAUACUUGACCGUUCUGGAAAACUGAAUGAUAACGAUUACGACUGUCUGGAUCAUUGUAGAGUAGUACUUGAAAAGAUUGUUCAAGCGUGCUCGGGUUUUUUGAUUAUCGACUAUACUUAUAAUUACGAAUAUUUGGUCGAACGGUUCAGGGAUUUGGAAAAUGGAUUUUCUCUUUUGAUAGGUCGACAUCUUUCCGAUAGAAGUAAAUGUAGACUGGAUCAUAUUUUUGAGGCACUUACUGAUCAGACUUUUUUGGAUGAUUGUUUUAUGCCGAACAAACCUCUUCGAGAACUCUUUACUAAUAUUUUGUAUCAAUUAAAAGAGUUGGUGUAG